GGCAGUAGACACACGAGAGCGCAUGCAGCAGGGUGAAUUACGUACAACUCUUCGAACGGUUUUAAGUUGCACAGAGGACAGACACAUUCGUACACACGCACUUUGAACAAAAAGUGAAAAGAACUUCCUUCUCCGUCUGACGGAGAGUUGAGAGUUGGUUCGGUGGCUGUUGUUGUUUGUGGUGCUGGUUGAGUGUUGCGAAUCAGCUUGACCAAGUGAUAGUGGAUACGACCAAGGACCAGCCAGAAACGUCAUCGAAUCAAGAGCAGAACCACUUGACACAUCGACCAAUUUCAGGAGUUCCAGAUGGUUGGGCCCAAUCUGCAAUGAUCGGCGACGUCGAUGCGGUUCCCAUGAUCUCAUGAAGCCUGAAGGUCUCGCUCCAAAGGACCCCGUUCCAGGUUCAAAUUGGUCUUUGGAGUUUUCUCAACGUCCAUGAUGAUCUCAAAACUUGUCAAGCUUCUCAAUCUCGUGCUAUGUUUCUCGCAAAUAAUCCGUUCUAGCGAGGGAAAAGUGCAGAAUUUGUCCGGCCGAGCCAACUUUCAUUCCAUCCUUUUGAGAUGGGAACGACAUUCGCCAAUCUCGUCGUCCUCGUCCACAGAUUUCCAGGGCAGCAAUGAACCCUUGGAAGAGAGCUCGGAUCCGACUACUUUUGUGGUGAAGGUGUGCGAGAACCAGCAUUGGGGAACGGACAAUUGCCGUGAGAUCGUGACCAACCAGGACAAUCUGAUCAAGACCGAGGACGACGGCGUGGGCGGAUAUGAGGCCUACUCGUUCAAUCUGAAAGGCCUUCGAAUGGCUACCUCCUACACGAUCUCGGUGGUUUCCAUGUCAGAGAACGAAAUUGGAGGCUUGGAAACCGCACCUAUUCAUUCUACUUUGGCGAGACUUGGCGAGAGCCGCAGUCAGCGACAAUUUGAUACCAGCAUUACCAAGGAUACGAAAGGAUUUUCUGCCAAGGCCACCGCCUGCAACACUUCGGCCACUCAAAUCCACUUGGAGACUGGUCCUCAUUUCGGAGGUCGUAUCAGUUUAGAAGGAAUUGAUCCCAACAGUCGGAACCCUCGCAUGGGGGGCAAGCGUUCCAAUUCCAGUGGACAUGAUAACGAGGAUAACAAGAUCAAGGAGGACUGCUCGUUCUAUGGUGAUCCCAAGUCCAUCAAGCCUUUCGUCAUUUUCGACAUUGAUCACGAGAAAUGCCAGGGUGUUCAUGUCAAUGGAACAUCCAUGCGUGCCUACGUGGUGGUCCAAGAAAGUUUGUCCAUUCUCACUCACUCGACGAGAAAAUUCAUGGUUGUGUGCAACUUCAAACCAUCGACCUUCACCAUUCAGACGGGGCUUAGCAUGCCGGCUCCAGGGGAGAUAAGUCGGAUAAAAGAUGUUCUCUCAUUCCGCUCCAAUCGUCUUCCAACCACCACAACCAUCAAAACGCCAUUUCAAGGCCCCAAGCGAACCCCAUUGACGACGACCAAGACCGACAAAGAUGAGGCCAAGAGGCACGAGACCACUGCAACAACUCAUCUUUAUUCAGGCUCUCCUACAGAGAAGAGCACGGCCAUGGCCUCCUCGUUUACGACCGAGUCUCACAUCGGGAAAGCAGGCAUAGGGAAUUCUGACAAGGCCAGAAUUGAAUUCACCCACAACGCCACGGAAGCAACAGAGGGCCCAAACAAAAGCGAGAGUGAUCCAUUUGCCAAUAUUUUAAACCAGGAAAAUUGGCCAGAGGAUGAGAAUCGGACCCAAGAAACAGUGGCCUUUCCUUCCUUGGUGUCCAAGGAAUACACCAUUACCACCAAAAGACCACCAUUCUACUUCCAACCCCAUCCGCAAAAACUUGGCCCCAAAGAGUUGCCUCGGAGCGUAAUGAACCCGGUGGCAAUCUCCUUCAGCGGGUCGGGCGCAGAUUGGAGCCGCGAGAAACUCUCCACCCUUGAAGAUGACUCCCGCGAGAAACUCUCCACCCUUGAAGAUGACUCUGAUAAAGGCCAGGCAAGCGACUACGGUGGUGAGGCAAUGCCCAGGGCCUUUGGUAUGGUCAGACGAAGGCGGAAAUUAAUUACAACUCCCGACAAUGCCCAGUCUCCUCAAACUUCAACGCACACCCCAGAUCGAGAUCCUGUCUCGAGUGGAGAGCUCGAUGAUGGAUCACCGGCACCAAAGGAAUCAGGCGAGGGAACUCCGCAUUGGACCUCCCUUCGGAGUGGCUUGUCAGUUCCGUCCAAAUUUCUCUCAUUCUCGCCUAGUCACACUGUAGACAACCGCCAUUACAAACACAAUAGCCAAAACAACAGCGGCGAGGAUGGAGAUGAAAAUGGGGAAAUCCACGGCAGAUCCAACGAGAUAUUGGAUCGUUAUCCACCCACAUACUCUAAUGAGGAACGUACAUCGAAAUCAGAAGAGGCUAGCGAGGAGGCCGAGGCAACAUCCUCGCCAAAAGAAAUCCGAGAUAAAUCCUACGAGAAUGAAGAUGAACUCUUAAUUACGGGAGAGCGUCAGGGUGUCCAAGAAAGCCAAUCUAGGGAAUUUACAGAUGAAUGGCUGCCAGGAGGGAGCAAUCAUUUCCCCAUUUUCUUGCAAGACCCCUCAGAAAAUCAGGUGGAUGUCUUCAAGACCAGAGACCAAAGUACCUCAGAGAUCCAAGACGGAUCCAGUUUGCCCCCCGAUGAUUCGAUUACUUCGAAAAGUUCCUAUGACCGUGACAUAACGUUUCAGAAGCCUGACGACCGCAAAAUGGCUCGCCAACAAAAAGCCCGCAAGGGUUUUCAGCAGUCCUCACCUUCCACUUCAGAACAAAAAAGCGAAGCAGCCAGUCCAUGGUUUGUAGUUCCGGAUGAUUAUGAGCAGCCCAUUACUCACAUUGUUCUCAUGAUUGUCUUGGUGAUUUCGGCCAUUGUUGGAACUAUCGCCACCUCCUUUUGGAUCUGGAAGUCAAGGAGUCCAAAUUCCAAAACUGGGGCAGCUAAAGCAGAAGAAACCUCUGAUGAUCCGACCCCAAGUGUAAAAACAUCUGUAGAAUCAAAUUCUACGUCCGGAGAUCCCAAUGGAACAAAUAUGAUGGCAUCAAAUCGUACCAAUCACCAAUCGUUAACAGUGCCAGAGCUGGUCAACGACUACGAGGAUAUCGAGAAGAAUCCAAACGAUCCCAAGUCACUCAACCCCAGAGUUGAAUCAUUUGCCUGAUGUCAUUUUACAAGAGAAACACUUUAUCACCCCAAAGCCUAAGCUAAUUAAAUGUUAAUA